CGUAUUAUAUGAGUAGUAAGAGAUCAAAAAAAUGUCUUCCAGUGGCACGCUUAGUAACUGUUAUGUGGACGCUGUUUUGGGUCAGGAGCCAGAGGAUGUUUACGGAGCUCGCUUUAUUCAGGCUCCACACACGAUGACCCCGAGGCCGUCAGGUGCUGGGGAUACAGCCGACUUCUCCUCGUGUAAUUUUGCACCAAAGUCCGCCGUUUUCUCAUCGUCCUGGUCCCCAGUUCAUCAUCAAGGGAUUUAUCAUCCUUAUGUCCACCAUCACCACCACCACCAGUCCCAUUUGCCCGCUUCGGACGGCAGAUAUGUCGGCGUCCGCUCCUGGAUGGAGCCCAUCUCAAACCACGUUUCUUUUGCCGGGUUCCACUCCAACAGCCGGCCGUACGGGACAAAGCCAGAGGUCCUGCCAGCGAAAGCUACAGAAUGCGACACAUUGGAGGCAGAAACUCGACCGAUCGCCAGCGAAUUCUCGUGCGGAAGAUCGGAGUGUCCAGAGAAAGCGACUAAGGAGCACAGUGGAAGCGAGAUUUCGAGUCAGAGCGACUCCAAAGACGAGAAACAACAACUUGACCCAAACAAUCCUGCAGCAAACUGGAUCCACGCGCGCUCGACAAGAAAGAAGCGGUGUCCCUACACAAAAUAUCAGACUUUAGAGUUGGAGAAGGAGUUCCUCUAUAAUAUGUAUUUGACAAGAGAUCGGCGCUAUGAGGUCGCCCGCAUACUCAGUUUAACUGAGAGACAAGUCAAGAUCUGGUUCCAGAACAGAAGAAUGAAAAUGAAGAAAAUGAACAGGGAGAGGAGCAACAAGGAGCAGCUAUAGGUUCGCUGCUAUUUCACACAUUUUAGUGUUUCUACCAAGGAAGCCAUUUGAACAAUUACAUUUCUUUUCCUAGGACUGUCAUUGCCAUAGCCAUUAUAUAUUUUUAUUUUUUUUUCAG